AUGACUCGUCGACAAAUUGAUGAUUUGUCCUCUAGUUCUUCGCCAUCAUUGGAAACGGACCAUGGAAUGAUGUCUCCGCCGCCUCCCCAAGCUUCUCCUGCUAACAGAUCUCCCACAGGGGACGAUCGCGGUUCACCAGCCAUGUUGGCAACUAUGACGCCGGUCAACGUCAUGGAGCUCAAAAAGGAGAUGGAAGAAGAAAGUGCCAUGGGGAGACCCCCCUUAUACACUCAGGUAAAAACAGAAGUCUUGUAUGAAAAAGAUGACGAUAUUUAUGCUCAAGGAAUUGCUGAUAAGAAUGACACUCCGAUAGACUUAAUAUACGAGGACGGUAAUAAAACUGUUAUUUACACAACAGCCCCAGACCAGAAAGGACUUGAAAUUUAUUCCGCGGAUAAUUCGGGAGAAAUAACUAUAAACAAUAUAAGUGCGCACCAAAUACAUGGUCAACCGAUAUCAGAUGUCUUGAUCGAUAGUGGUACAAACACUAUGGUAAACUCAAGUGGGGAGACUGUCGGUAGUCCUCCAGGAACAGUUUCAGUUGUUCUUCAAGGAAACGGCCAAGGACUUCUACAAUAUCCUCAAGCACAAGUACCUGGUACCACGGUUUUAGUACUCUCAGAGCUGGUAGAUGACGUAGGAGUCGUUCCUGUAGUAGGACUAAGGAAAAUAUUGUGA